AUAACCUAAUUUCUGCAAACAUAAGAGUACUGUUUAAACUAGUUCUCUCAGACUCUCAGUUACUCUCCUAGUCUCCUUCUUCAGUCUACCACCCUUUUUAUAAGAAAGAGGGAAAAGCAUUUCACUUACAAAACUUGGUUGCUUCAAUUUCAAGCACAAGUUGAAGAUUAAUUCAAACAGACAACCAUGGCCGCCAACUUAGGUGUUAACGUUGAGUCGCUUCAAAGUUCAAUUGUUUAUAGUUCAACCAGAAAAUUUUCUGGGGUUUCCAAUACUAAAAACCCAAACUUUUGUUACAAAACAAAACCCACCUCAUUUUUAACCCCCAAUAAGUUGUCUUCAUCAUCUUUGGUUCUCAAAGGGGUGGAAUCGAAGAGGGUUAUUGAGAAAAAUUGCCGGGACUUUUCGGUUUCGAGUGGCGGAAAUGAGGCUGGUGGGUUAACUUACAAGGAUGCUGGGGUUGAUAUUGAUGCUGGGUCUGAGCUUGUUAAGAGAAUUGCUAAAAUGGCUCCUGGGAUUGGUGGCUUUGGAGGAUUAUAUCCUCUAGGGGAUUCUUAUCUUGUUGCUGGUACAGAUGGUGUUGGCACCAAAUUAAAGCUUGCAUUUGAAACUGGAAUACACGAAACUAUAGGAAUUGAUUUGGUUGCCAUGAGUGUUAAUGACAUUGUUACUUCUGGAGCAAAACCCUUGUUUUUCCUAGAUUAUUUCGCCACAAGUCGUCUUGAUGUUGACCUUGCUGAGAGGGUUAUCAAAGGAAUCGUUGAUGGUUGCCAGCAAUCUGAUUGUGCUCUUUUGGGUGGAGAGACUGCAGAGAUGCCUGGCUUUUAUGCAGAUGGUGAGUACGAUCUUAGUGGAUUUGCUGUGGGCAUUGUGAAGAAAGAAUCAGUUAUUAAUGGGAAAAAUAUUGAGGCUGGAGAUGUACUCAUCGGUCUUCCAUCCAGUGGAGUUCAUUCCAAUGGCUUUUCUCUCGUUAGAAGGGUAUUGGCACAAAGUGGCUGCUCUUUGACAGACAAAAUUCCUGGUGAAGCUACUACUCUGGGUGAAGCCUUGAUGGCCCCAACUGUCAUAUAUGUUAAGCAGGUGCUUGAUGUGAUCGCCAAGGGAGGAGUAAAAGGGAUAGCACACAUAACUGGUGGUGGGUUCACCGAUAACAUACCUAGAGUUUUUCCCAAGGGUCUAGGUGCUGUCAUUGAUAAAGAUUCUUGGCCUGUUCUUCCCGUGUUUAAAUGGCUCCAAGAGGUGGGGAGAAUAGAUGACAGUGAGAUGAUGCGGACUUUCAAUAUGGGUAUUGGAAUGGUGCUUGUGGUAAGUCCCGAUGCAGCCCUCAAAAUUCUUGGCGAUGCAAAUGGAGCUACUCCAAUGUAUCGCAUUGGUGAGGUAAAGACAGGCGAAGGGGUUAGCUAUCGAUGAGAUGCUUCUCAAACUAGAUCGUUACUUAUGCGAAAUGACCCUAAAGACUUGUGUCUUGCUACCCCCUUCCCCUCCCUUAUAUUCUCAACAAGCCUCAUCCCUUGAGCCCUCUCCAUCUUUCCAUAUAACUUCUGUCAGCACAUAAUCUGCCAGAAUAUGGUCUGAUGCAGAGUAGGAUAAUUUAUGUGCAAUGAUUAAUGUAAUGAUUGCACAUUAAUAGCCAUUUUAACUUGUCGGGCAGCUACAAUUUUGAUUGAUGUAAUGAUUAAUAGUUUCAUUAAAAUUAAAAAAAGAAAAAAAUUGUUACACCUCAUUUUCUAAUUGUUUUUGAUGAA